AUGACUAAAUCACAGAGUCAAACAAAUCAUUAUCAAAAUGAACUAUUGUCAUCACAAUCUUCUUCAAGUUCUCCCAGAUCUCUAAUAACUCCCGUUUCUCCUUCAUUGCAACCUACAAUACCCAAUUAUCCGAGAGAUACUAAUUAUCCUGAUAGAAUUCAAUACCGCUAUGAUUCCGGUUCUUCUAAUUCAAUAUUUUCGUUUCCUACCGAAAGUCCAGCAGCAACCCCAACCACAACUACUUCCGUUCACUUUCCAAAUGGUGCACCUGGUCAUUCUGUAUCCGAUAAAUAUAAUAUUAUACCAGCAUCUGGACCGUUAUUAUGGGAUGAAGAUGAUACUGUGGAUGAAGAUGAAUUGCAUAAUACUGACAAAAGCGACAAUGAUCGAAAAUGUGUAUUAUUUUCGAAACGUGGUUGCUUAAAUGUAGGUGCAUUGAUGCUCAUUCUUGGGGGUAUGUUGGGUUUGAUGGUGGUUUAUCCUGUAUAUACCGCUAUAGUUAAUAGCGAAUUAUUAGAAAGAACUAGUCAAAAUUCAACUCGAAUCGCCGGAACUCUGAUAGAUUUUAUUGACAUUGAUACACCAGAAUCAGCACAUACUAAAAUAGCGAGCGAUGGGACUAUUUAUAAACUUGUGUUUUCAGAUGAAUUUAACAAGGAUGGUAGGACAUUUAGACCUGGAGAUGAUCUAUAUUGGGAAGCUGUUGACCUUCAUUAUUGGCUUACAAAUGAUUUGCAAUGGUAUUCACCGGAUAUGGUUACUACCAAAGAUGGAAAACUUCAAAUUACUAUCACAAACGAAAUUAUUCAUGGGUUAAAUUAUACGUCUGGAAUGCUACAAAGUUGGAAUAAAUUUUGCUUUCAAGGAGGAAUACUAGAAGUUUCGGUUUCACUUCCAGGCGAUGGCAAAACUCAAGGAUUUUGGCCUGCUGUAUGGACUCUUGGUAAUUUGGGCCGCGCUGGUUUUGGUGCUACGACAGAUGGUGUUUGGCCAUAUAGCUACGAUGAAUGUGAUGUGGGUAUCACACCUAAUCAAUCCGAUACAUCGGGUACGUUCUCAUACAUUCAUGGUCAACGCCUUAACAAAUGCACAUGUCCAGGCCAAGAUCAUCCAUCACCCGGAAAAGGUCGUGGUGCUCCAGAAAUUGAUGUAUUGGAAGCAACUAUUGAUGAUGAUGAUCAAAAUCAUAUAUCGCAAUCUGCUCAAUUUGCACCUUUUGAUGCAAACCAUAUUAUUAAUAAGGACUUUAUUUAUAUAAAUAAUUCAAAUGUGACAACAUUCAACACUUAUGUUGGUGGAAUGUGGCAACAAGCUGUCAGUUCAUUGACGACACUUACAUGGAGAAUGAAUGCUAGCGCUGUUGGUCCGAAUAAAAUCAAUGGUAUAGGUCAAAGAAUAAUAAGUGAAGAGCCGAUGUCUAUUAUUAUUAAUUUAAGCAUUUCGAAAGAAUACAGUCGAGUGGAUUUCAGAAAUUUGAAAUUCCCUUCAACAAUGUACGUAGAUUACAUACGAGUUUAUCAAGACCCGCUAAAGGUCAAGGUAUCAUGUGAUCCUCCAGAUUAUCCUACUUCUGAUUAUAUUAAAAAGUAA